AGAUUCUCAGGUUGAUACAGUGUUCCCUCCCACAGCUCUGACAUGUAUAUAAACUCUGAGCUCUCCAAAGCCCGCUGCCAGUUCUCUUCGUGGACUAAGUGCAACGGAGAGACUAAAGAUGACUCCUUUCUUACCCAUAUUUUCUCUACUCUUGCUGUUUGUUGUUAACCCUGCAAAAGCCAAUGGCCAUUAUGACAAGAUCUUGGCUCAUAGCCGUAUCAGGGGCCGGGAACAGGGCCCAAAUGUCUGCGCUCUUCAACAGAUUUUGGGCACCAAAAAGAAAUACUUCAGCACUUGUCGGAACUGGUAUCAAGGUGCCAUCUGUGGGAAGAAAACGACUGUGUUAUAUGAAUGUUGCCCCGGUUAUAUGAGAAUGGAAGGAAUGAAAGGCUGCCCAGCAGUUUUGCCCAUCGACCAUGUUUAUGGCACUUUGGGCAUCGUGGGAGCCACCACGACACAGCGCUAUUCUGAUGUCUCCAAACUGAGGGAAGAGAUCGAAGGACAGGGAUCAUUCACUUACUUCGCACCGAGUAACGAUGCUUGGGACAAUUUGGAUUCUGAUAUUCGUAGAGGUUUGGAGAGCAAUGUAAAUGUUGAAUUAUUGAAUGCUUUACACAGCCACAUGGUUAAUAAGAGAAUGUUGACCAAGGACUUAAAAAAUGGCAUGAUUAUUCCUUCAAUGUAUAACAAUUUGGGACUUUUCAUUAACCAUUAUCCUAAUGGGGUUGUCACCGUUAAUUGUGCUCGAGUCAUCCAUGGGAACCAGAUUGCAACAAAUGGUGUUGUGCAUGUCAUUGACCGUGUCCUUACACAAAUUGGUACCUCAAUUCAAGACUUCAUUGAAGCAGAAGAUGAACUUUCAUCUUUCAGAGCAGCUGCCAUUACAUCGGACAUAUUGGAGGCCCUUGGAAGAGAUGGUCACUUCACACUCUUUGCUCCUACCAACGAGGCUUUUGAGAAACUCCCACGAGGUGUCCUAGAAAGGAUCAUGGGAGACAAAGUGGCUUCUGAAGCUCUCAUGAAGUACCACAUCUUAAACACUCUCCAGUGUUCUGAGGCUAUCAUGGGAGGAGCGGUCUUUGAGACCCUGGAAGGAAACACGAUUGAGAUAGGAUGUGAUGGUGACAGCAUAACAAUAAACGGAAUCAAAAUGGUGAACAAAAAAGACAUCGUGACAAAUAAUGGUGUGAUCCAUCUGAUUGAUCAGGUCCUAAUUCCUGAUUCUGCCAAACAAGUUAUUGAGCUGGCUGGAAAUCAGCAAACCACUUUCACAGACCUCGUGGCCCAAUUAGGCUUGGCAUCUGCUCUGAGGCCGGAUGGAGAAUACACUUUGCUGGCACCUGUGAAUAAUGCAUUUUCUGAUGAUACUCUGAGCAUGGAUCAGCGCCUUCUUAAAUUAAUUCUGCAGAAUCACAUAUUGAAAGUAAAAGUUGGCCUCAAUGAGCUUUACAAUGGGCAGAAACUUGAGACCAUUGGAGGCAAACAGCUCAGAGUCUUCGUGUAUCGUACAGCUGUCUGCGUUGAAAAUUCAUGCAUGGUUAGAGGAAGUAAGCAAGGAAGAAAUGGUGCUAUUCAUAUAUUCCGAGAGAUCAUCAAGCCAGCAGAGAAAUCUCUCCAUGAAAAGUUAAAACAAGAUAAGCGCUUUAGCAUCUUCCUCAGCCUCCUUGAAGCUGCAGAUUUGAAAGAGCUCCUGACGCAGCCUGGAGACUGGACCUUAUUUGUGCCAACCAAUGAUGCCUUUAAGGGAAUGACUACUGAAGAAAAGGAAAUCCUGGUUGGGGACAAAAAUGCUCUUCAAAACAUCAUUCUUUACCACCUGACACCAGGAGUUUUCAUUGGAAAGGGAUUUGAACCUGGUGUUACUAACAUUUUAAAGACCACACAAGGAAGCAAAAUCUAUCUGAAAGGAGUAAAUGAUACACUUCUGGUGAAUGAAUUGAAAUCAAAAGAAUCUGACAUCAUGACAACAAAUGGUGUCAUUCAUGUUGUAGAUAAACUCCUCUAUCCAGCAGACACACCUGUUGGAAAUGAUCAGCUGCUGGAAAUACUUAAUAAACUGAUUAAAUACAUCCAAAUUAAGUUUGUUCGUGGUAGCACCUUCAAAGAAAUCCCCAUGACUGUCUAUACAACUAAAAUUAUAACCAAAUUUGUGGAACCAAAAAUUAAAGUGAUUGAAGGCAGUCUUCAGCCUAUUAUCAAAACUGAAGGACCCACAAUAACAAAGGUCAAAAUUGAAGGUGAACCUGAACUCAGACUGAUUAAAGAAGGUGAAACCGUAACUGAAGUGAUCCAUGGAGAGCCAAUUAUUAAAAAGUACACCAAAAUCAUUGAUGGAGUACCUGUGGAAAUAACAGAAAAAGAGACACGGGAAGAACGAAUCAUUAAAGGUCCUGAAAUAAAAUACACUAGGAUUUCUACUGGAGGUGGAGAAACAGAAGAAACUCUGAAGAAACUGUUGCAAGAAGAGGUCACCAAGGUCACCAAAUUCAUUGAAGGUGGUGAUGGGCAUUUAUUUGAAGAUGAAGAUAUUAAAAGACUGCUUCAGGGAGACACACCUGUGAGGAAGAUACAAACCAACAAAAGAGUUCAAGGAUCUAGAAGACGAUCAAGGGAAAGUCGUUCUCAGUGAAAAUUCAAAAACCAGACCGCAAAGUUUAAACAACCCUAAGUCAAUAACCUGACCUAAAACAAAAUUAUGAGAGCCAUGUUGACAUCAGAAACUGGUGAAACAUCAGCACAAGAAAGCAAUCAUCAAAGAAUUCUGAACAUGAAUUUAAUAUGUUUUUUCUGAAUGAGAAACAUGAGGAAAAUUGUGGGGCUAGCCUCCUGUGGGAUAGGAACUGAAGGAGUCAUAUCACCUUGUAGGCUUUUUCAUCUUGAUAUUAAAAGUUCUGGCUAACUUUGGACUUCUUCAAAAAAAAUCCUUGUCAUCGGAUUUAUUACAAUACAAAUCUAAGAGUGGUGACCUGUUAUCUCAUUGAAAGGAUUGAGCCUUGAAUGUAUGUAAUGGAUAAAUAAAAUGCAUGUAAGCAGUUACCUCUCUAUGGGAAGCUAAGUUAUAAAAAUGGGUGCUCAGUAUAAAACAAAUAAACAAAACCUUUUACAUCGAAAGGCUUUGCACAUUUCUAGACAAUGUGGGUUUACUGGUAAAUUAUGUUACUUUUACAACUAAUUUUGUACUCUUGAAAUGUUUGUCAUAUGCUUCUUGCAAUACAUUUUUUUUAAUCUCAAACAUUUCAAUAAAACUAUUUUUCAGGUAUAAAGAGAAUUACUUUACCGUGAGUAAUUCAGAAAACUCAAGGUUUAAGUUAAAAAGUGGUUUGGACUUGGGAACAGGACUUUAUACCUCUUAUUGUAAUAAGUACUCAUUAAAGGAAAUUGAAUGAAA